AUGAAGUUCACUGGCUUGACCGUUUCACUCGCCCUUGCUGGCUUGGGCUACUCCGCCGCUCUUCCCGUCCCCAAUAAUGCGGAGGGUACCGUUCCUGGCAUUGAGAGUGCUGUUGGCGGUCUCACAGGUGCCGCUGCCGGCUUUGUUGCGCCUAUCACCUCUACCGCUGGAGGCCUGGCUGGCGCCAUCAAGCGUGACGGUACUGCUCCCCUGGGUGAGACUGUUAAGAGCGUCCCAAGCCUUGCAAACGGCGCUGUUGCCAUUGCUGGUGGUGCUGUUGGUACCGGCGAGAGCCUCGUCUCUGGUGUCGCUGGUACUGCCGAGAACGCCGUUCCUGGUGCCAGUCCAGCUGCGAAGCGUCAGCUCAAUAACGACCUCAUUGGCAGCACUCUGGGAAGCGCCAUUCCAGCCAUUAUUAAGGAAACCAAAGCUGGCGGCCUGACUGGUGCCGUCAAGCGCGAUGAAACUGUCCCAGGCCUUGCCAACAGCGCUGUUGGAAUUGCUGGUAGUGCUGUUGGGACUGGCGAGAGUCUCGCCUCUGGUGUCGCUGGUACUGCCGAGAAUGCAGUUUCUGGCGCGGCUGGGAAGCGUCAGCUCAACAACGACGUCAUUGGCAGCACUCUGGGAAGCGCUAUUCCAGCCAUUAUUCAGGAAACCAAAGCUGGCGGCUUGGGUGGUGCCGUCAAGCGCGAUGGAACUGCCGGACUUGGUGAUACCAUCGACACUAUUCCAAGCCUUGCCAACAGCGCUGUUGGAAUUGCUGGUAAUGCUGUUGGUACUGCAGGGAACGCUGUUGGCCAUGCUUAA